AUGAGGGAGGAAGCAGGAGGGCGGAUGAGAAAAGUGGAAGCCAUGUUUGGAACCGGCGUUGCCUUGAAGUUCGUCCGUUGUGCCGGUGUUUCUCGCUGUCUUGGUCUUCGGUCAUUUGCCGUCGUGUCAUCACCCUGCUACGGUUCGUCGGGAUCUACCCAAGCCAAUACCCGUGUCAACGAAACUUCAACUGGUCAAUCCAAGAUGAGCAAGGGCAACCCCAAAUGCUAUUUCGAUAUCACCGCCGACGGUCAGCCUGUGGGCCGCAUCAUCAUGGAGAUUAGGGCAGACGUGGUGCCAAAGACAGCAGAGAACUUUCGAGCCCUUUGCACUGGAGAGAAGGGCUUUGGCUACAAGGGGUCCACCUUCCAUCGAGUCAUCCCAAACUUCAUGUGUCAGGGUGGGGAUUUCACCAACCACAAUGGCACUGGAGGGAAGUCCAUUUAUGGUACCAAGUUUGAAGAUGAAAACUUCACCCUGAAGCAUACAGGCCCUGGGAUCCUCUCCAUGGCAAAUGCUGGUCCCAACACAAAUGGGUCUCAGUUCUUCUUGACCACAGUGAAAACUGCAUGGCUUGAUAACAAGCAUGUUGUAUUUGGUUCUGUUGUGGAGGGCAUGGAUGUUGUCAAGAAGGUUGAAACCUAUGGUUCUCAGAGUGGAAAGACCAGCAAGAAGAUAGUAGUUGCUGAUUGUGGGCAGCUCUGAGGACCUGUCCAAGGGCGCUUGGCAAUAUUCAUGCGUUUUAGAUUGCCUCCUUCUGUCUCUUCCUUCACCUAUUGAUUUUUUUUUUUUUUUUGCCAGCCUCUAAGUUCCCGUUCCUGCUAAGAACACAUUCCUUUGUCAUGUCUCAUUAAUUGGUUUUCUUUCUGGUUUCUUGAAUCAAUAAACUCUAACUUGUGUCAGUG